AUGAUAUUCCAAAUCAAUUAUAUUGGUGACUGUGAUCCUAACCUAUGUGAGAACGGAGCAGCCUGUGUGGAUGGUAUCAACUCUUUCACUUGCCAGUGUGUUGACGGGUAUACUGGUAUUCAGUGUCAAGCAGAUAUUAAUGACUGUGAUCCUAACCUAUGUGAGAACGGAGCAGCCUGUGUGGAUGGUAUCAACUCUUUCACUUGCCAGUGUGUUGACGGUUAUACUGGUAUUCAAUGUGAAUCAGAUAUUGAUGACUGUGAUCCUAACCCAUGUGAGAACGUAGCAGCCUGUGUGGACGGUAUCAACUCUUUCACUUGCCAGUGUGUUGACGGUUAUACUGGUUUUCAGUGUGAAUCAGAUAUUGAGGAUUGUGAUCCUAACCCAUGUGAGAACGGAGCAGCCUGUGUGGAUGGUAUCAACUCUUUCACUUGCCAGUGUGUUGACGGUUAUACUGGUUUUCAGUGUGAAUCAGAUAUUAAUGACUGUGAUCCUAACCUAUGUGAGAACGGAGCAGCCUGUGUGGAUGGUAUCAACUCUUUCACUUGCCAGUGUGUUGACGGUUAUACUGGUUUUCAGUGUGAAUCAGAUAUUGAUGACUGUGAUACUAACCCAUGUGAGAACGGAGCAGCCUGUGUGGAUGGUAUCAACUCUUUCACUUGCCAGUGUGUUGACGGUUAUACUGGUUUUCAGUGUGAAUCAGAUGUCAAUGAGUGUGGGGCUCUCGAUCUUAACCAAUGUGAAAACGGGGCAGAGUGCAUCAAUGAACCAGGUUCAUACAGAUGUGAUUGCGACGAAGGAUAUACCGGUGUUCACUGUGAAAUUGGUAUUGAGAGCUGUCCAGAGGGUUUCUGUCAGAAUGGAGGGACAUGCAUUGAAGACUUCAAUUCUGUAACAUGUGCUUGUCCAUCAGGCUACAUUGGCACUCAAUGUGAAGAAGAUUUCAAUGAAUGCAAUAUGCAUGGUGUCUGCAACAACCAUGGAGCUUGUAGGAACACAGAAGGGUCUUAUGAAUGUAGAUGCGAGGCUGGUUGGGAGGGCAAAGACUGUGAAGUGGAAGUGGGACAGCCAUGUGACGACAACCCUUGUGAAAACGAUGGCCAAUGCUUCAAUGAAGGCAGUGGAGAUCAAUACACAUGCCUGUGUGGAGUCGGGUUUACUGGGACCAAUUGUGAAAUAGGCAGCAUGGAGUGUACUGCUGAUUUCUGUCUGCAUGGAGGAACCUGCAUGGAAGACACCGAUGCUAUAAGUUGUUUGUGUGAUUCAGGGUUUAUAGGCAUUCAAUGUGAAAUGGAUGUGGAUGAGUGUGAAAAAAGUUUUACAUGUCGAAAUGGAGCUACCUGUGUCAAUGAACCUGGUUCCUACAGAUGUGAAUGCCCUCCUGGCUAUGAUGGACCCACAUGUUACGAAAGGAUUGACGAAUGUGCAUCGGGCCCUUGUAUGAAUGGCGCAUAUUGCUUUGAUGAAACGGCAGCAUAUGUAUGUUCAUGUACAAGUGGAUUCACUGGAGAACACUGUGAAUUAGACAUUGAUGAAUGCAGCCUAGAAGGUGCUUGUAGCAAUCGUGGAGUAUGUAAUAACACCAAUGGGGAUUACAUGUGUUCAUGUGAAGGAGGAUGGGGAGGAAAAGACUGUGGUACAGCCAUAACAGAUUGUGGAUUCCGACCAGCCCAUUCAUCUUCCACUCCUCGCAUCAUCGGUGGUUCACUGACUCAGCUCGGAGAUUGGCCCUGGAUGGUAUCUCUCAGAGACCGCUCAAAUGUUCAUCGUUGUGCUGCGGUGAUUAUUAACAGUAACACAGCCAUUACUGCUGCACACUGCAUAGACAAAUUUGAAACGGCAGUUGUGGGUGACCUGAAACUUUCUACCACUUCAGUGUAUCACCUUGAGCUGGAUAUAGAAGGAAGAGCCCAGCAUGAGGACUACAACAGUGAAACCAUAGAGAACGACAUCGGGAUCAUCAAGUUCAAGACUCCACUCAACUUCACCAAUGACUAUAUCAGACCAAUCUGCUUAGAGAACGAGAAUCGUACCGUGUACAAGGAGUGCUAUUUGACUGGAUGGGGACAUUCAGAGGAAGGAGGUGUUGUUUCAGACACGCUUCAAGAAGCCACUGUUACCUUGUUCAAUCGUUCGGCAUGCCAAGAAUUCUACCAUGAUCGCCAGCUCACUCAGGGCAUGCUGUGUGCAGGAAGUUUAUCCGGUCAGACGGAUGCCUGUCAGGGUGAUACUGGGGGGCCUCUCCAGUGUGAAGAUCAAGAGGGCCGUUUCCACCUGGUUGGUAUCACAAGCUUUGGUUACGGAUGCGGACGGCCAAGUUAUCCUGGUGUGUAUACCAAGGUCUCGUACUACAAUCGCUUUAUAACCACGACGAAUUUUAAAAAACCAGAUGCAUAUGAUGCGUCACUCUACCGUCAAGAUGUUAAGUUAGAUUACACCCGGAUGACUUUUGCAAGGUUUUUUCCUCAUGAGCUCUACGGAGUUGACCAUCUAGGCUGGGAAAGGCAUUAUCGCAACGACUAUGAAGAAAUCCUGACUGUCCAAACGGAGUUUGCAACCAUUAUUGAAGUAGACAUUUACAUUUACAGUAUUGAGCAACCAUUUGACAAACUAUACAUAGGUUUUGGUGACAAUCCAUAUGAUUUUGACUCGAUCAUUUCUGAUACGGACGGAGAAAUGGGAACAUUUUAUCGCAUCGCGACUCAGAAAGUCUGGAUGAGAUUCAAAUCAGAUGGGGAGACAGGUGGUGAAGGUUCUUAUGUAACUUUUCAAGGAAAAUACAUAACAGAUCGAUCAGAGUUAAUGUGUCCGGAUGAUUCAUGCUUCGAUUGCCAAGACUUCUCACUUGGAUAUAUUUGCUUUGAUUCUUACAUCGAUUAUUCAGUCAACUGUGAUUUUGAGAAUUCGAUGUGCGGCUGGUCCCGGAUGAAACGGGGUGAUGCUGACUGGUAUCGUGUAGCAUCAGAGGAUCAUACAUUUGGAAACUCAAGUGGACAUUAUAUCACUAUUGAGAUCAGAUUAGUUGGUGGGCUCAUUAGCCCGAGGAUUUCUCCUCAUAAACCCCUCACCUUCGAAUUCUAUUAUUGCCUACGACAAAAUGGCAAUUUGACAUUCAACAUUAGAUAUCUACACAAAGCCAACAUGACUUCAGAAAUCAUAUGGAGCCUGCCAUCUGCAGCUACUCAUCACAGUUGGCUUCUUGGCGUAGUCGAUAUCAGUGAGUUUGGUUCAGGAUGGAUCAUCAUUGAGGGCACAAGUGGCAUCUCCAUCGAUGAUGUCAGUCUCAUUGACAGUUCUUUACCAUUUGUUGGUGAUGACGAUAGUUAUAUAGCGCUCCUUCCUGAUUCACCCAUUUACGUGACGUCGCCUGGCUUCCCAAAGCCGUACCCCAGUAACAUAACACGAACAUUACAGUUCCGUGUUCAGAAUCGAAAGGGAGCUCACAUCAUGUUUGAAUCGUUCUCUCUGGAGCCCGUGUUCGACACGUUGACUAUUGGACUGGGACCCGACCCCACUGAUCAGAGCAGCAUGUUGUAUGAAUUCUCUCAAAUACUGAACCAAAGACUCAUCUCUGGUGUAAUUCCUAGCCAGGAAUUCUGGCUUGUUUUCAAGAGCGAUUGGACAGUCUCAGGAGAUGGAUUCAAAGCCUUGUUAAUGGCAACUGAUCAAAAAUCUGACGAAUCAUCCGUAAUCAAUAGUUCCCCGCCACAAGGCAUCAUUGGACUGUACCCUGGGGAAUAUCAUUGGUUUGACUGCCCAGAAAAUGUUUAUUUCACCUCGAGCUUCUCUGACGUAUAUUGGGUCAUCUUAGGCCCUCAAGGAACUGGAUUGCUGAUGGAACCUUGGCUUUUUCACAGUAGGGGUUUCCUUUCAUUCCGAUCGUAUGGAUUGAUUGCAACUUUCACGCGUUAUUCUGCAUUGAGAAAUAUCCAUGUCUACGUUGGGCUGUUACAAGUACAUUAUAUCGGUGAAUACCCAUCAACCAAGUGGUCAUAUUUCCAGUUCAAGGUUACAUCAAUACCAGGUGGUUGCACUGGCAAUAAUACUGCUUGUUCAUCAGGUGCAUGCAUUAGCCCGUCCCAAUUGUGUGAUGGAAUCAAUGACUGUGGAGAUUUAAGUGAUGAAGACAAUUGUCCAUCUUGCACUCCGGUACCUUCAUCAUGUAAAAGUUUUGUGGAGUACAACAAUACCUUCUUUCCUCACAAAUACGCUGAAAGUAUACAAGAAGCCAACUAUAAAAUGUCCCAGAUUCAAGAAAUUAUUGGUACAUCAGUGUCUUUCAGUAAUCUUGAGUCGUUAUGCCAAAUCUUCUAUCCACAAUGCUUCCACAAUGGACCCACUACGAGACCCUGUCGAUCGGCAUGCGUGGAACUGGAAAACAAAUACCAUUUCAAGUAUGAAAAUCAGACAGGGCUGGAAUGGCCUCUUGACUGCAACGAUUUUCCAGACUCAAUGGAGACAUCCGACGGCUCCUGUACAGGCCCUGAUGGAGAUCUCCUUAACACAGCGAUAUGUGGCACCCGACCUGCAUACACGCCAUUCCAAUCCUCGGUGAGGGUAGAGGGCGGUGUUCAUGCUGAGGAUGGUGAAUUUCCUUGGAUGGUUUACCUGCACGACGAGCAUGCAGGACAGUUCUGUAGUGGUACCCUGCUAGGGCGUGAGUGGGUUAUCACGUCUGCACAUUGCGUUAGCGACCUUUCAUAUAACCUGGAUUCCAUAGUUCUGGGCGACCUUAGUCGUCGGUAUUUCUCACAGCAUCACAUCAGCAGAGAUGUCAGUCAGGUGUUCACACAUCCGGCUUAUGAUGGGAACGAUUACGACAUUGCCCUUGUAAAGUUGAAAAACUCUGUUGAGUUCUCUGACACUGUGAGGCCAGUGUGUUUUCCUGCGAAGACUGUUAAUGAGAUGAAGGUUUAUCACAGAUGUAUGGUGUCAGGAUGGGGAGACAGAGACAUCUCAGUUUCCGAUGACCAUCUGAAAAGAUCCAAUGUUCGUAUGUUCACUGAUGUAAGGUACUGCAGUACCAGCUUGUCGGGCCAUCGGAUCACAGAGCGUAUGGUAUGUGCUGAAUACGACCAACAGAGUGGAUUUGAUAGAUGCCAGGCUGACCGCGGAGGACCAUUGGUGUGUCAAGGAGUGGAUGGACGGUGGCAUCUUGUUGGGGUGAAAAACUGGGGGAAUGAUCCUAAUUGUGUCAACACUUUCGAGCCACUUGUGUUUGCCAAUGUCUCACAUCUACUCCCAUUCAUCAACGAUGUACUUUUCCCCACCGAAAGAAAUUUAUCCACACCUUCAGCUGAGGAAAAUACUACUUAUGCUGUACCUGUUUCCUUUGCGAGAACAACGCCAGGCCCUGCUGCUGAAACAACAACCAAAAGAGAUAUCCCUAUUGGCACCAGCUAUCUCUAUGAGGGAAGUAGGGUUGUAUAUUCAUCACCAAAUUAUCCAAGCGGGUACAACAAUUCUGAAUACGUCAUUCACCGCUUCGUAUUGCAGCUUCCUUAUUUGGGUUUGGUGCUGCGUUUCACUGAUUUUCAAACUGAAGAAUGUUGCGAUUCUCUGACCAUGUACACCGCGGAUGAUUCAAGUUUUGAUUUAAAGGUUGAGGUGGCAAACCUAAGAGGAAACCUUUCCAAUCUUCAAACCUUUGUAAUAUAUCAAAGGUAUUUGUCAUUGCAUUUCGUCACCGAUGGUUCAGUAACUGAUCAAGGUUAUGAAGUAGAAAUCACAACAUUUAUCUUGCCAAAUUGCGGUGGAAAUGAUACAUUUGACUGUGGCAAUGGUAUCUGCAUCCUUCGAAACCAUACAUGUGACAACUUCAACCACUGCGGAAAUCUCGCUGAUGAACAAUAUUGCACAUCAUCCUCAACACCAUUUCCGGCAGUUGCAUCAUCACUGCCACCAGCAACGGUAAAUGGCUCGUGCUUGAAUAGCUGUUGUACCAACUCUGAGUAUUCUUGUCACCCAGAGGGUUGCUACUGUGACAGUUUUUGUCAUUUAGAUGGCAACUGUUGUGAUGACAGGGAUGCAGUAUGCACCGCACAGGAAACCUAUCCAUACGUAUUCAUGUCGAAUUCAACUUACAAUAUGCGUGGGGGUGAGAUCAUGUCGUUAUUCACUCCUAAUUACCCUGAUGAUUAUAACAAUCUUGAGAACAUUCUUUGGCACGUUAGAGGUGUCCGUGGCCGCCGAUUUCUAUUUGGGUUGAGACCUGUGUCGCUGCACUCAGACCGUGACUAUGUUCGACUCUACACUGGGAUCUCGGAUGUAUUUGAAGAGAGUACCUUCAUUCCGAACCCACCUAGUCAAUAUUGGACUGUCCAUUCCAAUAUGUGGGUGCAGUUCUCCACCGAUGCUUCUGGAACUGCUCCAGGGUUUUUUGUCACUAUUCAAUCCGUGCGAAUAGGAAACGGUAAAGCUUGUGAAGGAUUUUUCUUUGAGUGCAAGAUUGGUCAAUGUAUCUACAGUUCUGCCAUAUGUAAUGGAGUAAACGACUGUAUAGAUUCAUCGGAUGAGUUUUGUGAUUUGAAUGCUACAGAUUAUAAUGCUACAGAUUCUAAUGCAACAGAUUCUUAUGCUACAGAUUCUUAUGCUACAGACUCUGUAACAGUUUCCGUUGCAAGAACAACGCCUGAUCCUGGUCCCGGCACAACAAGAAAAAGAAAGUCCUAA